CGCGAGUAAACACACCACAGACCCACGGCGUUCGUUCAGAGAUCGUUCGUUUCGUGGUGCUGUGAAAUUUGGAUUUUUUCAGUGGAACAACAGCAAGGAGUGGGUGCCUGAUUGUGUUGGGGAAGUCCAAAGCGCUCUCCCGGCGCUCUUCCUUCAAGAAUCGAGGGAAUGCAGUGAUAUUCGUCCCGAAAAGUGAGAUUUGUUUUGAGUCGGCACCAUGGCGGACGCGGCGGCGCGACAACUCCAGUACGAGUACAAAGCGAACUCCAACCUUGUCCUUCAAGCUGAUGUACGUCUCAUUGAGAGAAGAAGUCGAGAUGAAGCCACCGGUGAGGUCAUGUCCCUUGUGGGCAAGCUGGACGGAACCAAAAUGGGAGACCGAUUCAUGCGUUCACGCCCAGACAAAGCUGAGGAACGAAAAGCCAAGCGACAGAAGCGAGAUGAAGCUCAGUAUGACUUUGCUCGCAUGAAGGGCGCUACUCUUCUGUCAGAAGGUGUUGACGAAAUGGUUGGCAUUAUCUACCGCCCCAAAACACAGGAAACACGCCAAACAUACGAGGUUCUCCUCAGCUUUAUUCAGGAGGCCUUAGGAGACCAGCCUCGAGAUAUUCUCUGUGGAGCUGCUGAUGAAGUUCUGACUGUUCUGAAGAAUGACAAACUCAAAGAAAAGGAAAAGAAAAAAGAAACUGAGUCUCUUCUUGGUGGUCUUGCUGAGGAGCGAUUUGCUCUGCUAGUCAACUUAGGAAAGAAAAUUACUGACUUUGGUGCCAAAGAGGAAAUUCACAUUGCUGGUAAGCAUCUCUUCAAUAUUUUGAUUGCUUAUCCCCAUAAUUCAGUUUUUGAACCUUAUUCUCAUAUUUCUUGUUCUCUCUUUGCAGAAGAAAAUAUUGAUGAAGCAUAUGGUAUCAAUGUACAAUUUGGUGAGUCUGACGAUGAAGAGGACAAUGAAAACACUUAUGGUGAAAUUUCAGAGGAUGAUGAUCAGGAAGAGGGUGAAGAAGCUAAAGAUGAUUCUGCCAUCAGAUCAGAAAAUCUUGCUGCACUUGAAGAACAAAGAAAACAAGAGAAAGCUUUGCAUCCGUUGGACAUCGAUGCUUACUGGCUCCAGAGGCGUCUUUCUAAGUACUAUGACGAUGCUAUUGUUUCUCAGUCCAAAGCUGCUGAAGUCUUAAAAGUUUUGAAAGAAGCUGGUGAUGACAGAGAGUGUGAAAAUUUAUUGGUGCUGUUACUGGGUUAUGACUGCUUUGAUUUUAUUAAGCUGCUUAAAAAGUAUCGUCAGAUGAUUUUAUACUGCACAGAGCUUGCUUCCUCACAAAGUGAAGCUGAAAGGAAAAAGAUCCGGGAUACUAUGAAUGAAGAUCCAAAUCUGUCAAAAAUAUUGCGCCAGCUUGACACAGGCAAAGGCGAUGACGAUAGAUUGAAUGGGGAUGAAAGCCAGGCUGCCAGGGCUGCUCACAAGCGAGGUUCUGAAGCCAGUGAAGGCACCGAAGGAAAAGGUGGCCAAGUUAUUGGCUCUCGUGUCAUGUUGGACCUAGAAGAUCUUGCAUUUGCUGCAGGCUCUCAUUUUAUGUCAAGCAAACGGUGUCAGCUUCCUGAUGGGUCAUUCCGAAAGCAACGCAAAGGAUAUGAAGAAGUUCAUGUUCCUGCACUGAAGCCCAAACCCUUUGCUGCAGAUGAAGUACUUGUCCCCAUUUCAAAUUUACCCAGAUAUGCUCAAGCUGCUUUCAAGGAUUUCAAAACACUGAAUCGAAUUCAGAGCCGUCUACAUGCAGCAGCCCUUGGCUCAGAUGAAAACUUGUUGCUUUGUGCCCCAACUGGUGCUGGUAAAACAAAUGUAGCUCUUCUGACCAUGAUGAGAGAAAUAGGAAAACAUAUUAACCCUGAUGGAACUAUCAAUUCUGAUAAGUUCAAAAUAAUUUAUGUUGCUCCGAUGCGAUCUCUGGUACAAGAAAUGGUGGGAAGUUUUGGCAAGCGUUUAGAACCGUACAAUCUCACUGUAUCAGAAUUAACUGGUGAUCAUCAGCUGACCCGAGAGCAAAUUCAAGCUACUCAAGUCAUCGUUUGUACACCUGAGAAGUGGGAUAUCAUUACUCGUAAAGGAGGUGAAAAGACAUUCACUCAACUGGUUCGCCUGAUUAUCAUUGAUGAAAUCCACUUGCUGCAUGAUGAACGAGGACCUGUCCUUGAAUCACUUGUUGCCAGAACCAUCAGAAAUAUUGAUACGACACAAGAAGAUGUCCGUCUUGUUGGUUUAUCUGCAACAUUGCCCAAUUACCAAGAUGUUGCAACGUUCCUUCGUGUGAAGCCUGAAACUGGACUCUUUUACUUUGACAACAGCUUCCGUCCUGUUUCCCUAGAACAGCAGUACAUUGGUGUUACUGAAAAGAAAGCUCUUAAACGUUUUCAGGUCAUGAAUGAAAUUGUCUACGAAAAAGUUAUGGAACAUGCUGGACGCAAUCAAGUGCUUGUGUUUGUGCACUCUCGUAAGGAAACUGGUAAAACAGCUCGUGCCAUAAGAGAUAUGUGCCUGGAAAAAGAUUCUCUUGGACAGUUUUUGAAGGAGGGAUCAGCAUCUAUGGAAGUUCUCAGAACAGAAGCUGAACAAGUGAAAAAUAGUGAGCUCAGAGACUUGUUGCCCUAUGGAUUUGCUAUCCAUCAUGCCGGUAUGUCAAGAGUUGACCGUACCUUGGUUGAAGACUUGUUUGCUGAUCGCCACAUCCAAGUUCUCAUUUCGACCGCCACUCUGGCCUGGGGUGUCAACUUGCCCGCACACACUGUCAUCAUCAAGGGUACCCAAGUUUACAACCCUGAGAAGGGUCGAUGGGUGGAAUUAGGUGCUUUAGAUGUGUUGCAAAUGUUGGGUCGUGCUGGUCGUCCUCAGUAUGAUACUAAGGGUGAAGGUAUUUUGAUCACCAAUCACAGUGAAUUGCAGUACUACCUGUCACUGUUGAACCAACAGCUCCCUAUAGAGUCUCAGAUGGUCAGCAAACUUCCAGACAUGCUUAAUGCUGAAAUAGUAUUGGGCACAAUUCAAAAUAUGAGGGAUGCUGUGAACUGGUUGGGCUUCACAUAUCUCUAUAUUAGAAUGCUUCGGUCUCCAUCUUUGUAUGGCAUAGCACCGGAACAACUUCAAGAAGAUCCAGGUCUGGAGCGCCAUCGGGCUGACUUGAUCCACACUGCAGCACAGCUCCUGGAAAGAUCGGGCCUCCAGAAGUACGAUCGGAAAUCGGGAGCCUUCCAGGUCACGGAGCUGGGUCGGAUUGCCAGUCACUAUUACUGUACCCACCAGACUAUGUCAACUUACAACCAACUGUUGAAGCCCACUCUCAGCGAAAUUGAACUUUUCCGAGUCUUCUCGCUAUCUGGAGAGUUCCGCAACAUCAAUGUCCGUGAAGAGGAGAAACUUGAACUUCAAAAGCUGAUGGAAAGGGUUCCUAUUCCUAUCAAGGAAAGUAUGGAGGAGCCCAGUGCAAAGAUAAACGUUUUACUUCAAGCCUACAUCUCUCAAUUGAAACUUGAGGGUUUUGCUUUGAUGUCAGACAUGGUGUAUGUAACUCAGUCUGCUGGAAGACUUUUGAGAGCCAUAUUUGAAAUUGUGUUGCAUAGAGGAUGGGCUCAACUUGCUGACAAAACUCUUUCUCUAUGCAAAAUGGUGGAUCGGCGAAUGUGGCAGUCUAUGUCUCCUCUCCGACAGUUCAGGAAGAUGCCAGAAGAAAUAGUAAAAAAGAUUGAGAAGAAAAAUUUCCCAUGGGAAAGGCUCUAUGACUUGGGACCAAAUGAAAUUGGUGAACUGAUCAGGGUUCCCCGAUUGGGCAAAACAAUCCACAAAUACAUUCAUCAAUUCCCCAAGCUGGAACUUUCAACCCACAUUCAGCCUAUCACCAGGUCCACUUUGAGGGUUGAGUUGACAAUCACUCCUGAUUUCCAGUGGGAUGAGAAACUGCAUGGCGCAUCUGAAGCUUUCUGGAUCCUUGUUGAGGAUGUUGAUUCUGAAGUUGUUCUUCACCAUGAAUACUUCUUGUUGAAAUCCAAGUAUGCCGCUGAUGAACAUUUAGUGAAGUUCUUUGUCCCUGUGUUUGAGCCACUGCCUCCUCAGUAUUUCUUGCGAAUUGUUUCUGACCGCUGGAUUGGUGCAGAGACUCAACUUCCUGUCUCUUUCCGCCAUUUGAUUCUCCCUGAGAAGAAUGUGCCUCCUACCGAAUUGCUAGAUUUGCAACCGCUGCCAGUCUCUGCUCUGCGUACCCCAGACUUAGAAGAAGUUUACCAGGAAAAGUUCAAGCAAUUCAAUCCCAUCCAAACCCAGGUUUUCAAUGCUGUGUACAACAGUGAUGAAAACAUCUUCAUUGGAGCACCAACUGGUUCAGGAAAGACAACAAUUGCCGAGUUUGCUGUGUUGAGGAUGUUCCAACACCACCCUGAGGGUCGGUGUGUGUAUGUUGUUGCGAAGGAAUCCUUGGCUGAAAUAGUCUUUGCUGACUGGCACAACAAGUUUGGACUGACUUUAGGAAAGAAAGUGGUUAUGUUGACUGGUGAAACAGGCACAGACCUGAAACUUCUCGCCAAGGGUCAGGUGAUUGUGGCCACAGCAGAGAAGUGGGACGUUCUUUCUCGUCGUUGGAAGCAGCGCAAAAACGUUCAGAACGUUCACCUGUUUGUUGUUGACGAGCUGCAGCUGAUUGGCGGUGAGGAUGGCCCUGUACUGGAAGUGGUCUGCUCACGAAUGCGGUACAUCUCUUCCCAAAUAGAGCGACAAAUUCGAAUUGUGGCGUUGUCUGCAUCACUGGCAGACGCUAGGGAUGUUGCACAGUGGCUGGGCUGUAAUUCAAACUGCACUUUUAACUUCCACCCUAGUGUCAGACCACUGCCCUUGGAGUUGCACAUUCAGGGUUUCAACAUGACUCACAAUGCUUCCCGUAUUGUGGCCAUGGGCAAGCCAGUCUACAAUGCCAUCAUGAGGCACAGCCCCAACAAACCAGUUGUGGUCUUCGUACCAAGCAGAAAGCAAGCCCGCCUCACAGCCAUAGACAUUCUCACAUAUGCAGUGUCGGAGGGCACACCGGACAGAUUCUUCCAUGCCGAACAGGAUGACAUUCAGCCUUUCCUGGAACGCAUGCAAGAUAAGACCCUGAAGGAAACACUGGGACAAGGUGUUGCAUAUGUCCAUGAAGGACUUUCCCCUAGUGACCAUCGGCUGGUUGAACAGCUGUUUGAGUCUGGGGCUAUCCAGGUUGCUGUUGUGACUCGCAACUUAUGCUGGGGUGUGAGCAUGGCAGCACAUCUUGUUGUCAUCAUGGAUACACAGCUGUACAAUGGCAAGAUCCACGCCUAUGAAGACUACCCAGUUACUGAUGUACUUCAGAUGAUUGGCUUUGCCAACAGACCUCUUGAGGAUGAUGAUGCAAAAUGCGUCCUUAUGUGCCAGACCUCAAAGAAAGACUUCUUCAAGAAAUUCCUGAAUGAGCCCCUCCCUGUUGAGAGCCAUCUGGACCACAGAUUGCAUGAUCAUUUCAAUGCAGAAAUUGUAACAAAAACAAUUGAAAAUAAGCAGGAUGCUGUGGACUAUCUUACAUGGACGUUUAUCUAUAGGCGCCUUACACAGAACCCUAACUACUAUAAUCUGCAAGGAGUGUCUCACAGGCACUUGUCAGAUCAUCUUUCAGAACUAGUAGAGAACACGCUCAAAGAAUUGGAGCAAUCUAAGUGUAUUAGUGUUGAGGAUGAAAUGGAUUGUCUGCCACUCAACUUGGGAAUGAUUGCAGCUUACUAUUAUAUCAACUACACAACUAUAGAAUUAUUCAGUCUUUCACUGAACAGCAAGACCAAAAUCCGAGGUCUCCUAGAAAUUAUCUCCUCUGCUGCUGAGUACGAGGAUGUUCCUGUGAGACAUCAUGAAGAUGCUGUUCUUCGUCAGUUGGCAAGCAAGUUGCCUAACAAGCCCUCUGGAUCUGGUGGAGCUCCAGUCCGCUACAAUGACCCACAUGUCAAGACCAACUUACUGAUCCAAGCUCACCUGAGCAGAAUACAACUCAGUGCUGAGUUGCAGGGUGACACAGAACUCAUCCUUUCCAGGGCUAUUCGUCUGAUCCAAGCCUGUGUGGACGUACUCAGUUCUAACGGGUGGCUGGCACCGGCCGUGGCUGCCAUGGAGCUGGCGCAGAUGGCCACCCAGGCCAUGUGGAGUAAGGACUCUUACCUGAAGCAACUGCCUCACUUUACCACUGACAUGAUCAAGCGCUGUUCCGAAAAGAAUGUGGAGACCGUGUUUGACAUCAUGGAACUUGAGGAUGAUGACCGUUCCAAGCUUCUUCAGCUAAGUGAUACUGAGAUGGCUGAUGUUGCACGGUUCUGCAACCGUUACCCCAACAUUGAACUGAGCUAUGAAGUCGUUGAUAAAGAUCAAUUGCAAUCAGGCUCUCCAGUCAAUGUCAAUGUUAGCCUUGAACGUGAAGACGAUGUCACUGGGCCUGUCAUUGCCCCAUUCUUCCCUCAGAAGAGAGAAGAGGGCUGGUGGGUUGUUAUUGGAGACCCAAAGACAAACUCCCUGCUUUCUAUCAAGAGGUUGACUCUCCAACAAAGAGCCAAUGUCAAGUUGGACUUUGUUGCUCCUUCACCUGGCCAUCAUUCCUACACAUUGUACUUCAUGAGUGAUGCUUACCUUGGCUGUGAUCAAGAGUACAAGUUCUCCAUUGAUGUUGGGGAUUAUGAAAGUGACAGUGGAAGUGAUAGCGAGUAAAUGUGUUUUUUUUUUAAUGUAUCAUAGUGAAGUAAUCUGUACAUUUAUCUUUGACUGUAAAAUCACCUUCAAUUCAACAUGAAAUUAUAAUAAUUAACUGUAUGUCUUAAUUCAUUGCUUGAUGGCACGUCAUAUUGAUGCAACCUGAUGUAUAUUUUGAUAGUAAAGUUGACUUUUACA